AGCCCAUCAAAUUGUCACACUCACUCUGUCGUCCGUGGAGGUGGGAGGUGACUCACAGACCUACUUGAAUAACCCACAACCAAACAACGCAACUUUGAGAGGCCAGCCCCCUUCUCCGCUCGUGUUCAUGUCCUGACGAAAUUCCAUGUUGAGUUAUUCUCUAUUCUGGGACUGAGGACUGUGCACGCAUCGUCAGUUUCUUUUCACUAAACUUUACAAGGGACUUUGGAUGCGCAAGGGGAGCACUGUGGUUGUGAUACAGGAUAGCUGAGCUUGGGGCAAGAAGGAAAAUUGAUUUUUCAUUCUCAAAUCAUCCAGAUUGAACCAACCAUUCAAGGAUAUAUACAUCACUAUACAACGAGGAUAUAAAUUACACGACCACUAUCAUUUUUUCCCCAAAACAAAGUCAUGAUUAUGACAAGAACUAAGUGUUGAAAGGAGGACUUUUUCCAGCUGUGUUUUUGGUCAAUCAAGAAGGCAAAAACUGUGACUAGUAAAGAUGGAGUUAACAUCGCACAUGGCUUACUCUGCUGCAUCCCCAAUGCCAGUGCCCACAGUUGGCUACCUCAGCAUGUUUGACGAGUACAACAGCAACCUGGCCUUGGUCAGACAUUACAACCACACGGGCAAGCUCCAGGAGUCCAAGUACAAAGACGGCCUGAAACCAGAGGCCAUCAUCUUCCUCAUCAUCUGCCUGCUCAUCGUGCUGGAGAACACGGUGGUGCUGGUGGCCAUCUACAUGAACAAGAAGUUCCACCUGCCCAUGUACUACCUGCUGGGCAACCUCACCCUCUCCGACCUGCUGGCCGGCUUCACCUACAUGGUGAACAUCAUCACCUCCGGGGCCAACACGCUCAAGAUGACCCCGCUGCAGUGGUUCGUGAGGGAGGGCGGCGUCUUCAUCACGCUGGCCGCCUCCGUCAUCAGCCUGCUGGCCAUCGCCAUUGAACGGCACGUCACCAUGGUGCGGAUGAAGCCCUACCAGGGGGCCAAGCGGGGCCGCAUGUUCGCCCUGAUCGGCGCCAGCUGGGUGAUCGCGGUGCUGCUGGGCGUGCUGCCCAUCAUGGGCUGGAACUGCAUGGGCCAGAUGGACCACUGCUCCACGGUGCUGCCACUCUACGCCAAGAGCUACAUCCUCUUCUGCGUGACGGUGUUCUCGGCCGUGCUGCUGUCCAUCGUGGUGCUGUAUGCGCGCAUCUUCCGCAUCGUCAAGUCCAACACGCAGCGGCUGGGCCUGGGCCCGGCGCAGCGCAAGUCGGGCCUGGCGCGCAAGUCCCAGAAGUACAUGGCGCUGCUCAAGACGGUCACCAUCGUGCUGGGCGUCUUCAUCGCCUGCUGGCUGCCCCUCUUCCUGCUCCUCAUCCUGGACUUCUGCUGCCCGGCGCACGGCUGCCCGGUGCUCUUCCGCGCCGACUACUUCCUGGGCGUGGCCAUGCUCAACUCCCUGCUCAACCCCAUCAUCUACACGCUGACCAGCAAGGACAUGCGGCGCGCCAUCAUCCGGCUGCUGUGCCGCCACUGCCUGCUCACCAAGGACGGCCAGGUCAAGAAGAUCGGCCUGCCCUUCCUGGAGUGCAGCACCAGCAAGACGGAGCUGCCCUCCCAUCGGCUGGGGGAGGGCGGGGUGGAGAACACCGUCUCCUCGGGCAACUUCACGCCCUCCACCGUCAAGUCCAUCUACCCCAGGAUGUCCAAGAGUUGAGUUGAGUUGGGGGCAUGGACAAACUCUUUUUUUGUGCCCAUCUCUCUCUCUCUCAGAAAUAGGACUUGUUUUCUGUAGCACGUGAACAAAAAAACCAAAAACAUGCUGGAACUUAUCUGACCUGUUGAAUGGAAACCACUCUGAAAUGCACUUCAUGGCACCACCUCAUUGUGUGCCUGUCUAUCUUAUUGACUCUGAUGCCGAAGCAUUGGACUUUUUUUUUUUUACAUGCAAUUCAUUCAAUUGCAUGGGCAGCAUGGGCCGCCUUUACAGAGGACUGUUUGGCAUGGAUUCCACCAUCCCGCCUUUUGAAUUCAGACUCUAGCACUGACAUGUUGAACAUGAGGUCACAGUAGGGGCCUCUGAGCUUCAUCUGAAUAGAGGGUAGGUAGGGACUUCAACAAAGAGCAGCAGCACCACACAACCCACACACACACAAUGCACUCAAGCAUUUUACACCAGGAUAUUGUCUAGUUGUUUCUAAAAGUGUCAUGUUGUUCAAAAGGUGCAGAAGGGUGGCAUGGACAUUUGCGAGGACCUUUGCACACAGCACUCCGGUUUUUACUCAGAAACCAUGCGCUCCUACAGAGAAUGAGAAGCACACAUGAGAAAAUGACAGGUUUCCGAAGGCUUAUUUUUUCCCCCUAUUUUUCUGCCAGUGGUCUCUGGGCUUGGCUGUGCACGAACCAAGUUCUUGUGGCCUCCACCCUUUGCGUGGGGUGGUUCGGGACGGCUCCAAAACAUGCGCCUGGCAAGCUGCAAGCUCAAACGAGUAAACAGAUCUAGUGUGGCUUCGACGGGGCCUCGCUGGGUUUGUGGAGUAUGUCGCCGUAGAGACUGCAGAGAGAUGGACCUGCCUCCCAGUCUAAGGUCGUACGAAGUCUCUAUGCAGCGUUUUUUUCAGCAAAUACAGACCAGUAUAAAAUGUCCUCCACUUGAGAAAUGGGAUAGCACCAGCAACCAUACGACUGCAAGAGGGACAAUUUGUGUAGAAGGAACUGCAUUUUAACGUAUAGGAAAUCCUAUCUUGUAAUGUAUAUCUAUGUUGUGUACAGCUAUUGUUGACUGAAAUAAGUAUUUUUGACUGAAUACGUUUACUCUUAAGUUAUGUAGCAUUUUGUAAUAUAUGUAAAAUAAAUCUUUUGUUCAAUGA